GCGGCGCUGAGCGGCCUGGCUUCGGCGCUGGAGUCGUACAGGGGUCGGGACCGCCUGGAAAAAGCAAUUUCUGGAAAGCAGAUGAAAUAAAGAUAGAAGGGUGGUGAAGCUGACAGUUCCCCAUGCCCCAAACCACCCAUUGAGUGGCUUCCUUCUCACUGAGGUAAGUCAAGCAGAUUACCCUCGGCUCACUGGGCCGAGGCCCGAUAACUUCUCCAGUCCUCAACCCAGCUACAGACAUUGGUCCAGCUGGGUAGAUGCAAAUAUACAUGUCUGCCUCGUCCUCCUGUCUGCUGGGAAAAGGGGGACCCCUGAGGUGUGACAUGGUUGCAUUUUCUUGUCUCGGUCACAUCUGUCUCCAAAGGGUGUGCCCCUCAGUGGCACGAGCCAGCAUCCCCUUAGAGUCUCCCCAGUGACUUUUGGACAAUGAGGUCACGUUUCUCCAUUUGUCCCACCUGCAAGUAUCUCUUUAAACUUUCAGCUUUUAUUGGAAGUUUGUUGAUCUAGUCUGCACAAGCCCCCUCGCCCCCCAACUUGAUCCCAGGGGACCCACGGCCACGUGGGGGUCGAUCCAGCUCGGCCCAAGAGCAGGGCCCUGCUGACUGCUCUGGUUUCCCACAGAUCCGAACGCUGGGGUACUGUUGCCAACUGGUUGGCGGGGUCCUGGUGGAACGCUGUCCGGCCAGAUCAGAAGUGGGGACACGCCUGCUGACCCUGUCCUCCCAACUCAGCCACUGUAGGACUGUCCUGCGACUCUUUGAUGAUGUGGCCAUGUUUAUCUACACGAAGCAGUAUGGCCUGGGGGCAGAGGAGGAAGACAGCUUUGUCCGCUGCGUGUCGGUCCUCGGCAACCUGGCCGACCAGCUCUACUACCCCUGUGAGCACAUCGCCUGGGCUGCUGAUGCCCAGAUCCUCCACGUGGACCCUGCCCGGUGGUGGACACUGAGCACAGCCUUCUGGGGCCUCUCCCUGCUCCUGGGCAUUGCCAGGUCCUUGAGGAUGGUCCUGACGCUGAGACGGAAGCUGAGGGGCCCCGCAGUGGCCUUCACCAGCCGGCUGCCCCGGAGCAAGAGGAGGGCCAUGGAGGCCCAGGUCCGGUCGGAGGUGCUGACCCUCCUGAGCAACGUGGCCGAUCUGGCCAACGCCGUGCACUGGCUGCCUCCGGGUGUCCUGUGGGCUGGCCGCUUCCCCCCGUGGCUCGUGGGCCUCCUCGGGACCAUCUCCUCCCUCCUCAGCGUGUACCAGGCUGGCCGGGCCGAGGCCACCACCCCCUGACGUGGCCUGGGAGGUGUGGGUGCAGCCGGAACCCCACCGGAGGGCCCCUUCCCACAAAGCAGAAAUCAGUCGGGCGAGGGCUGGGUCUGUAAUUGAGCAACUCAAUGCCAGGUGUAGGGACGCGUAACCCAGAGAACGC